AUGGGGACAGGCAGGCUGCAGCUGGCCCUGCUGCCGGCGCUCACGCUGCUGUCCCUGUCCCCGGCAGAGCCGUGCCGUGCCAGGGCUGCCUGGGUGUUCACCCAGCCCCUGCUGCGUGCCAGCGAGGGGGGCUCGGUCCAGCUGCAGUGCCGCCUCCUAGACUUGGUGUCCCCACACUGGACCAUGACCAAAGUGGAUUGGCUGCGCCUGGCAGGAGAUGGCACCCAGAAGGAUGAGAUGGUGUUUUAUUACUACCACAGCCGCGGCAUCCCUGUGGGCCGUUUCCAGGAGCGGGCACAGUGGCUAGGGAACACCUCCCGCUGGGAUGGCUCCAUCCAGCUGCAGGACCUGCGGGUCAAUGACAGCGGCACCUACGUGUGUGAGGUUCGGCUGCGGGACCGCGGCAGCAUCCUCAAGAACCGCACCGUGCUGCGCGUCAGCCCCGCCGAGCACGCAGGACAAGGAGCGGCGGCAGGCGCCCAGGACUCCGCAGCCCCGGGAGACUCCAGGUUCUGGGCUGUGGCUGCGGGCGGUGGCUGCGUGGCUGUGGUGUUGGCUUUCCUGGCAGGACUCAGCCUGAGGAGGAGGUCUACAGGCAACACAGCCCUGGAGAGGACUGGAAAUGGUGGCAGCAAGAACAAAGCAGAGGAAGCUCUUUACUCCUCCAUCCCUGGCACUGAGGUGCCCAAAGCUGAACAAAAUGCACAGAAGAAGAAGAAGAGAGCUGAGGAGACCUACAUAACCAUGCACCCCUCUGCCUUCCGGGACAACGGCGUCUAUGUGGAGCUGGCCAAGAGAGCCAUCCCAGCGGAGUGGAUGCAGGAGGAUGGGCACAGAGAGGAGCCCUGCAGCAGGCCAGAGGCAGCACUUCCCAGACCUCCAGAGGGGGAGAAGUAGCCGUGCUGGGGGUGGGAGGAGAUGUGUGCAGGGCAACUUUGCUCCAAUGGGCAGCCCAGCACUCUGCUGCUGCCAGCCCUUCUUCAGCGAGUGCUGGCACUUCCCCGUGUGCUCCGUGCCACCGCCAGUGCUGGGGCACUGCCCACCCCACAGCUGCUGCCACAGCACCAGGGCAGACAUGUCUCUGGCUCUUGUCUCCUGGUUUCUGGAGAGAGGGGGCACAGUGGGCAGAGCCUCCACGCUCUAACUUUGGUCCUGGCCUGUGCAGCUCCAGAUCCUGAGAUCAGAUCUGCCAGAAGAGCCUGGCAGGGGGGAAGGGGCACACGCAGCAUGAGCCGUGCCAGUGGUAC